AUUAUUAAUGCCGUGGUGGGCGGUACAUACGCACAGCAAAUAUUAAAUCUUCAAAAAUUCUUAUAUCUAAGUUUAUAGUUUUUACUACGAUAUCCCCAGUCAGGUUGACAUUCACGCCCCCUACUUUUGGACGCUAUAGCACCGACAAAAAGGCGUGGAAGUAUCCGAAUAGUCUGUCCUGCUCAUUCUGAUCGGCGCCAUGAUACUGGUUGAAAUCGUCGCCUCUGACAACCGAACAAAAUCCGUGGUGAAUCUCUCUGGGAGUAGCAAAGCCAUCAUCAGUGACACGGAGCGGAACCUCUUCCGCUUGAGCGAUUACAAUUUGAAGAAGGCCGUCGAGGCACACUUCGGACAGCAACCGACAGACGCCUUCCUCAGGAGUCCGACACCCUGGGACGAUCUGUACCAGAGAUACGGCUGGACGCAAGUCUCCACGACACUGACUCCUGUGGUGGCAAGGAUCCUCAGAGUCAGCUCAAAGCCGAGCGUCAUUGCAACAAAACACUUCCAAAACGACAGCACACGGCGAGCUACAUUCAAUGGCAAAAUCAAAGAGGAAGUCCAGAACACUGUCAUUUCCUCGUGGGAGAAAAGUAGUGACUUCAGCGUUGGUCUGAACAUUAAUUAUAACUUCGGCACCAAAGUGACGUCUAGCAGUGCCGGUGCCUCAUUCUCUUAUACAUCCAAAUGGGGAGAGAGUAAUUCCAUAUCGGAGGCCGUGACCGUGGGCUCCGAGUCGGGAGUUGAAAUCACCCUGGAGCCCGGUCAGGGUGUUGUAGCCGAACUGCAUGCGACACGGGGCACCAUGGAAAUCCAGGUGGACUACGAGGCUACCCUCUGCGGUAGUACUGCUAUCAACUACUAUUACAAAUACAAGGAUCACCACUUCUGGGCCCUGGACAUCAACGAGGUGAUGACAGCUGGAGGCUUGAGAACCUCCGUGCAGUCCCGGGAAGUUAUCAAAUUUGAUUACUACUCCGAUUCAACAGUCGUGAUUAAAAAUGCAUAGACCAAUGUAUGCAUGGUACUGCCAUAAGAAAUAUUUUUAUAUUUACUGUAAUUCUUCAGUUCUUGAGUUUGUGUUGUUACCGAAUUCUGUUUAUACAAGCAGGUGUCUAGAUGAAAGUGGCAACUUAAGUAUUUGGCUGAUUCUUGAAUGAGUAAAAUCUCAUCAUCAAAAUCUCUCUCUCUCUUUCAUCAAAACAAUCUCUUAUAAACAAAUUCAAUUUUCACUUCUUUUCACGACAAUUAUCAAUGAUUGCUUUUGUUUUCUUAUUUCAUUAAAAGAUUUUUUUUUCAAUAAGCCUCGUUCCAUAAGGAACGGACCAAGGUCGAUGACCAUGCUGCCUUCAGUUUUCAUUAAUAGAUAAUGGAAAAAAAUCCUUUUUUUUUAUCUAAUACUUUCAGACUAAAUUCUAUUGGUAUAAUCUAAAAUAAUAUUAUAAAGAAAGAUUUUAUUAUUCGUUUUAUAAUAAUAAUAAUUUAUUUGCAUAAAUGUAGUUGAAAUAGAUCUAAAUUAGUGUUAUGGAAUCACAUAUUUAGCCACAUUGUUUUAAUGGCGUGCAAAAUGUAAACUCCUAUUUAAGUGGAUACGUUUCAUAUAAUUUCAGACCUUACAGUAACAAUAUUUAUUCUAAUUGCAAUAAAAAUAACCUCAAAAAUUACCUAUGAAAUUAAAAAAAAAUCUUUCACUUGUAGAUAGCAUUAUCAGCAAACAAUAUAGACUGUAUUUUAAUAAAAAAAAAACACAUCAUAGCCAGUGUGUAUCUAUAACUUUUUAUAUAUAUAUAUAUAUAUAUAUAUAUAUAUAUAUAUAUAUUUUAAGGGCUUUUACCUUCUUCAGGUAUAUCAGUCCUAUUGUACCCUGAAUUGAUUUCUCCAACAAAACUUUAUCUACCUUCCCUAGACGCGGAAAGAGAAGAAUUAAUGGGCAUCAAUAAUUUACACAGAUGUUCAAAAAUUUCUGGUUUAAAUUCAGCUAACAUAGAUUGAAUAAGACCAACAUUCAAUUUAUUUAAGUUAAAGUGGCGCAUGAAUUCUUCUCUUUCCUUCGUGUUAAUAUGACACUCUAAUAGAAUAUGAUGCACAUCAUCGAUGGUAUUACAAGUUUGACAAUGGGGUGACAAGGACUUUCCCAUCAUAUGUGCAAAUUUUUUUAUAUCUAUAACUUAUAAUUAUUAAUUUUUUUUUAAAUUUAAUUAUAAAAAACUUAUUUAAAACUUAUGUUAUAUAAUUAAAUUUUAGGUACAUAAUAUUACAGUUUAUUUAAUUUAUAA